UGGUAGCGCCGCGCCGGGACGCGCCGCCCGGCGGGUGUGCCCGGCUCAGGGUGCCGGCAAUGUCUGGCUCUCGGGCGGCGCGGGCGGCGACGGCGCCUCGGCGGCGGCGUCUCCCGAGUUGAGCGGCGGCUCUGGGCCCGCCCGCGCCCUCCCCGCGGUCCUCCCCCGCCUCCGUGUGGGGUCCCGGCCCCCCCCCGGCCCGUCCGGCCGGGGAUGAGGCGGUGCGGAGGUGGCACAAAGGCUCCUCCGGGGCUGCCCAUUGCCUAGCGCGGCCCAGCGCCCCCGGUCGGCCCCGCCGCCGCUCCUGGGUCCCCUCACCACCUGCCUCUCUUUUCUGCCUCUCCGGCCCCCGGAGUCCCGCUGUCCCUCGUUGGGCACGGGCCGGCGGCUCUUGCGCCCUAUAGCCACCCGUAGCCUCGCAGGAGGAUGUCGGAGGAUCACGAGAUGGACAAGAUGAUCAAGGAAACCUCCAUUUUAGAGGAGUACAACAUUAACUGGACUCAGAAGCUGGGAGCUGGGAUCAGUGGGCCUGUUAGAGUCUGCGUGAAAAAAUCCUCUCAAGAACGUUUUGCACUGAAAAUUCUUCUUGAUCGUCCAAAAGCUAGAAAUGAGGUACGUCUGCACAUGAUGUGUGCAACACAUCCCAAUAUUGUUCAGAUUAUUGAAGUUUAUGCUAACAGUGUGCAGUUCCCACAUGAAUCCAGCCCAAGGGCUCGGCUCCUAAUUGUAAUGGAGAUGAUGGAAGGGGGAGAGCUAUUUCACAGAAUCAGCCAGCACCGGCACUUUACUGAGAAGCAAGCAAGCCAAGUAACAAAGCAGAUAGCUUUGGCUUUGCAGCAUUGCCACUCACUAAACAUUGCACAUAGAGACCUCAAGCCUGAGAAUCUCCUCUUCAAGGAUAACUCUCUGGAUGCACCUGUUAAAUUGUGUGACUUUGGAUUUGCCAAAGUAGACCAAGGUGACUUGAUGACACCACAGUUCACUCCAUAUUACGUAGCACCUCAGGUAUUGGAGGCACAAAGAAGGCAUCAGAAAGAAAAAUCUGGUAUUAUCCCCACCUCUCCAACACCUUACACUUACAACAAGAGCUGUGACUUGUGGUCCCUGGGUGUCAUUAUUUACGUGAUGCUGUGUGGAUACCCUCCGUUUUACUCCAAACACCACAGUCGGACAAUCCCCAAGGACAUGCGGAAAAAGAUCAUGACAGGAAGUUUUGAAUUCCCAGAGGAAGAGUGGAGCCAGAUCUCAGAAAUGGCGAAAGACAUUGUGCGAAAGCUGCUGAAGGUCAAACCUGAGGAGCGGCUGACCAUUGAAGGUGUGCUGGACCAUCCCUGGCUCAACUCCACCGAGGCUCUUGAUAACAUCCUGCCCUCUGCCCAGCUGAUGAUGGACAAGGCAAUGGUUGCGGGGAUACAGCAGGCUCAUGCAGAGCAGCUGGCCAACAUGAGAAUCCAGGACCUCAAAGUCAGCCUCAAACCCCUCCACUCUGUCAACAACCCAAUCCUGCGCAAAAGGAAACUGCUGGGCACUAAGCCAAAGGAUGGUGUUUAUAUUCAUGACCCUGAGAAUGGAAGUAAUGAUUCCAACGUGGCUCUGGAAAAGCUCAGAGAUGUGAUUGCUCAGUGCAUUCUACCACAGGCUGGUAAAGGAGAGAAUGAAGAUGAGAAGCUGAAUGAAGUGAUGCAGGAGGCCUGGAAGUAUAACCGAGAGUGUAAGCUGCUGCGAGACACUCUCCAGAGCUUCAGCUGGAAUGGCAGAGGAUUCACAGACAAAGUGGAUCGGCUAAAACUGGCAGAGAUAGUAAAACAAGUUAUCGAAGAGCAGACAAACUCCCACGACUCUCAAUAGCUGGAGCUUCUUAAUCUUAUU